AUGGACUUAAUCAGCUCUCUACCUGAUGCGAUACUCCAAGAUAUCCUUUUCUUAGUUCCGACGAAACUCGCUAUCAGUACUUCUGUCUUGUCAAAACGAUGGAGGCACGUGUGGUCCGAUACACCUGGUCUCUCCUUGGAUGAUAAGAAACUGCAUGCUGAUGGGAUAAACGAAACCCUAACUCACUACACAGCUCCCAAGAUGAUCAAGUUUCAUCUGAAAUUCCUCAAGAGAAACACUUUUCCCGACAUGGACAGGUGGUUCGAGUUCGCCAUGUCACGAAACGUGGAGAAUCUAUCCGUCUGUGUCGGUAAUACUCGUGGUUAUAAGUUGCCUGAUUCAUUCUACAUCAGUUCAUCUAUAAAGGAACUCAUCCUUAAGUUACCAUAUUCUUAUAUGACUCCCAAAUCCUCCGUAUCUUGGACAUCCCUAAAGAAGUUGUCCUUGCGUGACUGUUUCCUCUACCAAGAAUCCUUUGAUAAGAUUCUAUCUGGUUGUCCGAUUCUCGAAAGCUUGACACAGAUUGUGGCACCACAUAUCCAUUGUCUCACAUUGCGAAAUUUUCAGUCACCAUUAAUUACUUUAGUUGAUGUCUCGUCUUUAACUGAAGCUAUAGUGGAGACUGGAGUACAAGACAGCCCCAUAAUGUAUGUAUUAACUCAUUACAUAGUGCCUGAAAUGUUAAAGAAGUUGGAGAAUGCAGAGAAGCUUACCUUUGGGGGAAACUUUCUUCUGAUUUUAUCUCUUGCGGAGGUUUCUGGUGUAACUUUUCCGAUGUUCAAGAUAAAAGCUUUGACUCUUGAGACAGAGAUAUAUCAGUAUGUGAUUCCUGGUAUACAAAGACUUUUACAAAACUCACCUGUUUUAAAGAUGUUGACAGUUCAUGCAAGAGAUGAGUACCACCAUAUCAUAUCGGGUGUUUCUCUUGACGACUACUUGCGCUGGGAACGCAUGAAACCGGAUCAAUGUUGGAGAUCAAAUGAUGGAGUCUUUUGGAAUAGAUACCCUUUCGAUUUAGAGUCAGAUCACGUGGCUUCAUUUGUGAAACUUGUGCUUAAAAACACAAAGACAUUGGACAAGAUGGUUGUACUGUUAAACGAACGUUGCCAUAGCUUUAACUUUGAAGAGUUGGUGCAAACACUUUCUCACAACAAUGAUGUCUCCAUUGUACUCUCAACCACGCCGUACACCGUGUACGUAUCGUCCCAAAUGCUACUCGAACCGGCAACUUCUAAGGUUAUGCCAGGAUGGUGA